AGCAUCAACAGAGCCGCGGUGGAGAAGGUGGGCAGCUUCAAGCUCCUAACUUCCAUAUCACCAGCAACUUGAGCUGGUCCCUUCACACUGAUGCUGUGAUCAAUAAAGCACGUCAGCUUUUCUACUUUGAGAAGAUUCGGCAUGUCCACGAGCAUUAAUAAGAGAGUGGGCAAAAAGAGAUUCACCAGCCGUUGCCUGGAGUAGAGGCCUGUGGAGGCAACGAGAGAUUGGACAAACGUGACCUCCCAAAGUGCAUGACUUUGCACUGGUCCAAAUUACAUUCCAUCUGUCGGGGAUCUGGCCAACUUUCAGGCUGUAUCUUGAAACCACUCUCUGCGACCCCACCAGUUUCCGAGUCAUCAGUAGACUCACUGAUCAUACUCCCUCCAUUCUCAUCCAAGUCCCUGAUAGAUGCUACAAACAACACCAACCAUGAAAGGAUCUUUCUGCCUUUUGGUGAAACCGCCUUUCUUGCUUCUGAACUCGAACACGUAUGCUCUAAUGACGAGUCAUCGAGCUGCAAUAUUAACUGUGUUUCUUUCUCCACAGAUGGUUCCUGACCUGCUGAGUGUUACCAGCGAUUCGUGCUGUGUUAUAUUUGAGUACAGGAUCAGUCUGUCUAAUCUCUUCUUAUUCAUAGAACAGAGAACAGUGCAGCACAGGAAAGGGCCCUUCGGCCCACAAUAUCCAUGCCCAACAUGAUGCCUAGUUAAACUAAUCUCCUCCGAUUCCUAUGAUCCAUAUCCCUCCAUUCCCCGCAUAUCCAUGUGCCUAUCUACAAGCCUCAAACGCCACUAUUGUAUCUGCCUCCACUACCACCCCCGGCAGCACGUUCCCGGCCCCCACCCUCUCUGUAAAAAAACUUCCCCCACACGUCUCCAAUAACCUCUCACCUUAAAAAACUAUGCCCUCUAGUGUUGGACAUUUUCACCCUGGGGUAAAGGUUCUGACUAUCUACCCCAUCUAUGCCACUCAUAAUUUUAUAUACUUCUAUCAAACUCCUCCUUAACCUCUGAUGUUCCAGAUAAAACAAUCCCAGUCUGUCCAACCUCUCUUUAUAGCUAAUACUUUCUCAUCCAGACCCCAGCAUUCUGGUAAACCUCCUCUGCACCCUCUCCAAAACGUCCACAUCCUUCCUGAAAUGGGGUGACCAGAACUGCGAGCAAUACCCUGAAUGCAGCCUAACCAAAAUCCUAUAGAGCCGCAUCAUGAUUUCCUGAAUCUUGUACUCAAAGCCCCGACUGAUGAAGGCAAGUGUACUGUACGCCUUCUUUACCGCUCUCUCUACUCAAGUGUUGCCACUUUCAGGGAGCUCUGAACAAUAUUGUAUUCCACUACAGGAAAGGAGCAGCUUCGGCAGACUGUUGAAUAGUUGGAGUGAUUUGAAUCUCUCUGUUUUUUCCGUAGGUCUGAUAAGAGGUUCCUCCAUGACAGCUCCCACCAUCGUCAACGUCACCGGGACGGAGUACUCCAUCACUGCAGGGGGCGCUCUCUCCAUCACGUGCAGGGGUCAGAGUUCCCUGGGCUGGUCGUGUCCGGGGAAGGUGAGCGUGGAAGAAGACAGCAAGUCGCCGCUGUUCAGGCCGGAGGAGGCGGGAGGGAGGAGCGUGAGCGUCAAGGAUUGCAAGGGUUCCCCUGCACAGCAGUACUGCAAGACCCUGGUGCUAACGAGGGCGAGAGCCAGCGACACCGGGUACUACCGCUGCCAUUACCACUUCGCCGGACCGAUAGUGGACGGGGUGAAUGCGAUCAGCGUGUACAUCUUUGUGAAAGAUCUCCAGAGCCCGUUCCUCAGCUCAUCGCCCAACGGCACCCAACAGCCUCAGGUUCUGAUUGUGAACAGUUCGCUGGUCACGGUGCCCUGCUUGGUGACCAUCCCAUCCCUCAACGUCACUCUGCGCGAGGAUCCGACAUCUGUCAUCUAUCCCGAUGGAGUCAAUGUCUUCUGGGACAACAGGAAGGGGAUGAUCAUUCCUAGGCAGAGGCUUGAUAACCUGCUGUACGUGACCUGCGAGACUGUCGUUGGUGCCAGAGUCUUCUCAUCUGCACUUUACAUCAUCCAAGCGUUCGGACGGAAGAUCUACAACAUCAUCCUGACCGUGGAUCGGCCACACCUGCUCGUCGGGGAAAGGCUGGUCCUCAACUGCACUGUGGAGGCAGAGUUCAACGUGGCUGUGCACUUUGACUGGGCAAUGCCGCGGGAUGGGAUUGUCAAAGGUGACCCGUCGGUGGUGAGAAGGAACCACAAACGAACGCUGGAGACCGGCGUGUUGCUGAGCAGCAGCCUGACCCUCUACAACGUGUCCAUGGCGGACCGAGGCAUUUACACUUGCAAGGCGGACAACAGCUAUGUUGUGGAGGAGCGCACCAUAGAGGUGGUGGUGCACGAGAGGCCCUUCAUCGUGCUCGAGUACAGCAGUGGGCCGGUGGUGCAGGCCAGGCUGGGCCAGAGGGGCCUGGUGCUGAGGGCAAGUGUUCGAGCCUACCCUCCAGCAGUCUUCCAGUGGUUGAAGGAUGGGCAGCCGGUGAGGAGCGGGGGGCAAGGGAAGCCGAGCUUGGACAUCGGUGAGGUGACAGAGCAGGUCGCUGGGGUCUACACCCUGCUGGCCCGCAACCCCCGGAACCACCUGCAGGAGGAGCUGCGGAUACGGCUCGUUGUCAAUGUGCCACCUCAGAUCCACGAGAAGGAGGUGGCGUCUCCCACCAACAUCUACCCCAAGGGAAGCCGCCAGACCCUGACCUGCACCGUCUAUGGAGUCCCCACCCCCCCGCGGGUGUUGUGGCAGUGGAGACCCUGGGGACCGUGUGGCCUCAAGUCCCACCGCAGUCUGGGUCGCCGGGACACAGCGCCACGCCACGCCCAGGAUCGAACCCACGACUGCCAGGACUGGAGAAACAUCUCGGCUGGAAGAAUGGUCAACAACAUCGAGAGCAUUGAGACCAGCACCGAAAUGCUGGAGGGAAGGAACAAGACAGUCAGCAAGCUGGUUAUCCUCGCUGCCAACAUCUCCGUCAUGUACAAGUGUUCCGCGUUCAACAAGGUCGGCCACGACGAUCGAGUCAUCUACUUCUAUGUGACCAAUAUCCCGGAGGGUUUUGGCAUCGAGCUGCAGCCGUCGGAGGCUCCAGUAGAGGGGCAGCGGGUGCAGUUGCGAUGCAGUGCAGACAACUACACCUACGAGAACGUGCAGUGGUACCGGCUGCUGCCCAGCGCACUGGAGGGUGAGCUGGGGGACCCGCCCGUGCUGGAGUGCAGGAACAUGCACCGUUACGCAAGCAGGCUGCCGGCGCAGGUGACGACCGACCCACGGGUCCGGGGACUGGCGUUGGAGCUGCACAUCAACAGCAUUGCCCACAGCGACGAGGGCGACUACGUGUGUGAGGUGCAGAACCGCAAGACCGGCGAGAAACAUUGUCACCGCAAAUACCUGCUGGUGAGAGGUGAGCGCACCUGUAGAAAGGAGGCGAGGAGGAAUACCUAUGCUCAAGGUGGUGAAUCUGGGGAAUUCAUUGCCACAGACGGCAGUGGCGGCCAAGUCAUUGGGUAUUUUCCUGGUAGAGAGAGCGUAUGCUUGACUGUAGGGGUGGUCUUCAGCGAGCUGAAUCAGACUCUGACGGUGCAGCGGGUACAGAUAGAGGAUGCGGGGGUGUACCGCUGCAUUGCAUGCAACUCCAAGGGCUGCAUCAACUCCAGCGCCGUCGUCACUGUGGAAGGAGCUGACGACAAAUCGAACAUCGAAGUGGUGAUCCUGGUGGGGACGGGCGUGAUUGCCAUCUUCUUCUGGAUUCUCCUCAUCCUCAUCUUCUGUAACGUCAAGCGAGUGAGAUUCCUGGGGACCAGCCCAGCUGAUAUCAAAACCGGAUAUCUGUCCAUAAUCGUGGACCCAGAUGAAAUCCCUUUGGACGAGCAGAGUGAAUACCUGCCCUACGAUUCCACCAAGUGGGAGUUUCCUCGGGACAGGCUGCGACUGGGAAAGAUCCUGGGUCACGGCGCCUUCGGGAAGGUGGUGGAAGCCUCGGCAUUCGGGAUCGACAAGAGCAGCAGCUGCAGGACUGUAGCAGUGAAGAUGUUGAAAGAUGGAGCCACAGCCAACGAACACAAGGCACUGAUGUCUGAACUCAAGAUUCUCAUUCACAUCGGGAACCAUCUCAAUGUCGUUAACCUCCUGGGGGCAUGCACCAAAGCAAAUGGUCCGCUGAUGGUGAUCGUGGAGUAUUGCAGAUACGGAAACCUCUCCAACUACCUGAGGAACAAGCGGGAAGAUUUCAUCCCCUGCAGGGAGCGGGUGCCGAUGGUGAGGAGCCAGAUGAUCUCCAUGGUGGAGGUGGUGAAGGGUCUGGAGAACCGGGGCCAGGUCGGUUCCGGCGAAAGCCCGGUCUGCAUUCGAACGGCCAUGGAGAUGCUGAGUCACACCAGGGACCUGGUGGAAGAUGGAGCUGUUCCCAAACCAUGUUUCCUUCCAACAGUGGAUGACCUGUGGCAGUGUCCCCUCACGCUGGUCGACCUCAUCUGUUACAGCUUCCAAGUGGCCCGUGGAAUGGAGUUCCUGGCAUCGAAGAAGUGUAUCCACAGAGACCUGGCGGCCCGCAACAUCCUCCUCUCUGACAACAACGUGGUGAAGAUUUGUGACUUUGGGCUGGCGAGGGACAUCUACAAGGAUCCCGACUACGUGAGGAAGGGCAACGCUCGACUCCCACUCAAGUGGAUGGCUCCGGAGAGCAUCUUUGACAAAGUCUACACCACCCAGAGCGACGUUUGGUCCUUUGGAGUCCUGCUUUGGGAGAUCUUCUCUCUAGGUGUUUCUCCCUAUCCUGGCGUCCAGAUUAAUGAGGAAUUCUGCCAGCGAUUGAGGGAGGGUACCAGGAUGCGAGCUCCCGAGUACGCAACGGAGGAAAUCUACCGUAUUAUGUUGAACAGUUGGCAAGGGGAACCUAAAGACAGACCAACCUUCUCAGACCUGGUGGAGAUCCUCGGAGACCUGUUGCAAGCUAAUGUCGAGCAGGAUGGGAAGGAUUAUAUCCCCCUGAAUAUGUUACAGGCCAGGGAAGGAGAGCUGGCCUUUUCUCGUUUCCAAACGUCCUUGGCUCGUGGAGAUGGCGAGAUGUCCGAAUGGAGAAUACGAUGUGACAGUAUAGGACCGCGAUACUACAACUGUCUCUCAUUGCCGGGAUGCACGGCCGAGGGACAUCAGAUGAAGUUUGCCACAAGGGUGAAAACGUUUGAAGAUAUCCCAAUGGAGCAGGCUGGGAACUCCAUGCAGAAUGACAACCAGACGGACAGUGGGAUGGUGCUGGCACCAGAGGAGCUUGAGAAGAUGGACGCUUCACAUGAACAUCAACUGGCCUUCAGGAAAGCCUCAAAUCCAGCAUCGGUGCCAAGGGCAUGCCGGCUGACCGAUGGGCAGGGUGACCGGUGCCGGCCUGGUUCGGACUGGUGCCCCGGCGUCCACAGCGGUGACUGUGGACACACCUCGCAGGCGGGCGGGGAGUGCGAGGAGCGGAGGAUCCAGUCCUCAGAAGCCGGCCUCCUGAACAUCAUCUCCCCCUUCUAGGACUCAUCCCCCAUGGAGGGGCUAACGCCGCAGGAUCCUGGCUCAAUGCAAUCCUCGGACGUCACUCCAACGAACCCCUCACUCACGCUCGGACACUGCUCUGGAUCUGCCGCGGUGGCUCUGGAUCGGAACCUCUGGAGAAUUCCAAGCCUGGCGCAGUCCAGAAUCAUCCACCAACCACCCAGAUCCACUCCACUGCCUGGAGUCUGUCAGUUCACAACCUGUGCUGUCGAAUAUUAGCUAAAUAACCAUCCGGACAGGCCACUAUCUCAUUGUUCAAAGACUCCUCCUGAAAGAUUCAUUCAAAUCACAUUUCUUUCUGCAUCUACUGUCUCAAAGUCGAGUCGCUUACUCGGAAUCCAUGAGUGUUUAAAAUAUGUUUUAUGAAAUAUUGAACUUUUUUUUGUGAGUGCCCCUUUGUACCAAGUUGGGGAGUGGGAUAAGUCAGUCCCUCUCGUGGAGGGGUCUGUGGUGAGAUUGUCAGUGCUUUACCAAGAGGAAUGUCUGUGUCAGUUCACCUCCUGCUGGGAAAGCUCAUGAGGGUUCCUUCCUGCAGAUCCGAUCCUUUCAGUGAUCUCCCCCUCCCUCCUCCAGACGUGCCCAGCCUUAUCGCUGUAACAGACCUGGUUCAGGAGAUCUCCCUCUCCCCCAGAAUUGCUCGAUGGGUAGACUGACUUGGGUGGAAGAUCACUGGUGGGUUUGAGGGGAGAGGACAACUAACUCUGGCAAGUGUUAAAUCAAUCUUUUGAUCACUUUUUGGGUUCAGAGGGAUUCUAAUGAUGUUACUGAUUGAGUUCGAGUUAUUCUGAUGCUUUGAAACUAAUACUGUUGUUGUUAAUUCUGGGCAGGUGCCUUGCCCAGUGGAGGUAUAUGAUACUCUGGACUAAUUAUUCACUGUUCUCUUUCCACACCACAUUCAAUGUCGUAAAAUGAACCAAACCAUCUUAUAUUGGGAGGGGCUAUCAAACAAAAACUAACCAUGGAGUCACCAGACAAGGUGCAUAAAAAUGGCGGCCAGUGGCGCAGUGGUAGAGUUGCUGCCUCACAGCGCCAGAGACCCGGGUUCGAUCCUGACCUCAGGAACAGUCUGUACAAUUUUUAUGUUCUCAUCAUGACUGCGUGGGCUUUCUCCGGGUGCUCUGGUUUCCUCCCACUCUCCAAAGACAUAUAGGUUAGCAGGUGAAUUGGUUUCCAUAACUUGUAAAUUGGCCCUAUGUGUGUAGGAUAGUGCUUGUGUAAGAGGUGAUCGCUGGGCGGCGUAGAUUUAGUGGAUUGAAGGAGCUGCAUCUCCACAAAUCACCCUAUUGCCCAAAAUACUAUCCAGUGUCAAUGUUCCAUCCAAAAACCUCAUCCUCCUCAUCUCAACAUCACAUCUACCAAAACUCCAUAACUAACCUCCAGUCCCCAUUGUCCCACGCACCCCACCUCUCCCCCAGUGUGUCUCUGCGUCCUGAACUCAUUGGCCACAGUUGGUGCCUAGUUUCAUGUUCAUGUCAUACGAGCAGAAUGAGACAAUUCGGCCCAUCGGGUCUACUCCGCCAUUCAAUCAUAGCUAAUCUAUCUGUCUUUUCAUCUCGACCCUAUUCUCCUGCCUUCUCUCCAUAACGCCCAACACCCGUUCUAAUCAAGAAUAUAUCAAUCUCCGCCUUAAACAGCCUCCACAGCCUUCUGUGACAAUGAAUUACGCAGAUUCGCCACCCUCUGGCUAAAGAAAUUAAUCUCCUUUCUGAAUUCCCUUCCCACUCCCGCACUCCCCCCCCCCCCCCCCCCCCCUCCUCCCUGAGUGCAUUCACUGCUCUGAGCUUCAUAUUAAGGCCCCCUGUGAUUUAACAAGUGAUAUCACAGUGCCUAAUGUUCUUCUUGAUCUUGGAUUUGCUGCUGACUCCUUUAAUUAUAUUUCCUGGUUGUUAUCACAUACCUCCGCCUCAAAACUGGAAAUGCAACCGGGGAGGGGCUUGUUGCCAAUGGGUACACUGCAGCUAGUAAAGAUGGAGGUUUGUAAGGAGCUAUAGAGGUAACAUUCACAGGCAGAGCUGCUGCGUGUGACUCUCCUUCCUCUCUCUCCCUCAUCCGCAUUGUCCUCAUAUAGUCGUACAGCACAGACCCAACUCAGCCACGUUGAUCAACAUGACCAAUCUAAGCUGAUCUCAUUUGCCUGCGUUUGGCCCAUAUUCCCCUCUAAACCUUCCCUGUCCAUGGACCUUACAUCUUGUAUAUAAUGUAAUUGUACCCACCUCUACCAUCUUUGGGGCGGAACAGUGGCGCAGCGGUAGAGUUGCUGCCUUACAGUGCCAGAGACCCAGGUUCAAUCCUGACCACGGGUGUUGUCUCUAUGGAGUUUGCACGUUGUCCCCGUGACCACGUGGGUUUUCCCCGGGUGCUGCUGUUUCCUCCCAGACUCCAAAGAAGGACAAGUUUGUAGGUUAAUUGGCUUUGGUAAAAAUUGUAAAUUGUCUCUAGUGUGUAGGAGUGUAAGGGAUCGCUAGUUGGUGCGGGCUAAAGGGCUUGUUUCUGCACUGUAUCCCUGAAAAUAAAAAUAAAACACCUCCUCUGGCAGAUCGGUCCAUACACCCACCACCUUGUGUCAAAAACCUGCCGCACAUGUUGAAUCUUUCCCCUCUCGCCAUAAAUCUAUGCCCUCUAGUUUUGGACUCCUCCAUCCCUGGAAAAAGGUCUGUGACCAUCCACCUUAUCCAUGCCCCUCGUAAUUUUAUUUACUUCACGAAUGUUACCUCUCAGCCUCCUGCGUUCCAUGUAUCUGUCAAAAUGUCUCCUAAAUGUUGUUACUGUUCCUGCCUCAACUACUUCCUCUGGCAAGGCGAGUCACUGUGGCGGAUCUGUGUCUGUCGCCUCCGUGUUUAACGUGUUACUUGGUGUGGGGACACGCGUGUUUGAGAAUGAAUCCUGACUAGCCAUUGGCGCUGCCCCUGAUUGUUUACAGUUCCAUAAUAAUAACGGGGAAAAAUCUUCACAGAUCAUUUUAUACGGCGGGGUGGGAGGGGGAAUGAUAUCUCACUUAUAGAAGGAAUUGCUAAAAGUUACACUAAGAUGUUAUCUACAUUUAACGAUUUGCAGCAUGAUAAACGUUUUCCUGUGUGUGUGAUGUAUAUUGUACAUAGCAUAUUGUGGGCAACUGGAUAUGGGAUGUUUCCGAAGCAUGUAUAACACGGAAAUAAAAAACAUCUUUGGAUUGUGAAGCUCUGAGGAGCUGGCUCCCCUGAUUAAUCCCCACAGCAGCCAAACUUCUCGAUCUUGGACUUUAGCCGCACAGAGAGAAAAUAAAGCUUGCUGGCACGGCUCUCGUUCACCCGUCCAAUUGCCCCGAAGGAUCUUACAGCCAAGCCGCGACAUUUCUAAUGGAGAACAGGGGGCGGCACAGUGGCGCAGCGGUAGAGCUGCUGCCUCACAGCGCCAGAGACCCGGUUCGAUCCUGACUAUGGGUGCUGUCUGUACGGAGUUUGUAUGCUCUCCCUGUGACCGCAUGGGUUUUCUCCGGGUGCUCUGGUUUCCUCCUGCACUCAAAAGACGUACAGGUUUGUAGGUUCAUUGCUUUUGGUUAAAUUGUCCCUAGUGUGUUGGAUAGUGCUAGUGUACGGGGUGAUCGCUGGUCGGUGUGCUUGGUGGGCCAAAGGUCCUGUUUCCACGCUGCAUCUCUGAAGUCUAAAGUAAAGAAUGUUCAGCAGGCAGUCACUACAUACUCAGGAAUCUCCUAACAUCCAGAUAACAGGGUCACAGCAUGCAAGGUUCUUUACACAGAGGGUGGUGGGUGCCUGGAACUUGCUGCCAGGGGUAGGGGUGGAGGCAGAUACAAUAGUGGUGUUUGAGAGGCUUUUGGACACAUGGAUACACAGGGAUUAUGGAUGAAUGUGGAUCACGUGCAGGCAGAGGAGGUUAGUUUAAUUUGGCGUCAUGUUCAGCAUGGACAUUGUGGGCCGAAGGGCCUGUUCCUGUGCUGUGCUGUUCUACAUUGGGGCACUUGUCUCCAGAAAAGAGUCUGAGAGAUUUACUCAGUAAAGGCCUCCAUAGCGAUGGAAGUUCCUUCGGCCCAACUUGUCUGCGUUGAUGUACUGGGCUAGUCCCCUCUGCCUGUAUUUGGCCCAUAUUUCUCUAAAGUUUUCAUAUACCUAGAUCUGUGCCAACAUGUUUGGAAGUUGUAAUUAUAUUUGCUUCUAUAGCUUCCUCUGGCAA